UAUUGUCUCUUCGUGCCAUCUUACCUUGAUAAAACAAGUAGGAAAAUUUUGCUACAAACACAAAGAAGAUGAGCUACUUUAGCGGCUGCAGCAAUCUUGUGACGAUGAUGAAUUUCAUAAUUUCCACCAUCUUCAUCAUCUUCACCAUCACCCUUCAAGCAUCAACAGCUAAAGCAGAGAACCCAUUACAAGAAUUUUCAAGUAGAGAAGAGUUGGUGCAGUGGGCUGGUUAUGGAGAGGAAAAGCUAUCGACUGUGCUAGUCACAGGCACGGUUCUCUGUGAGGCUUGUUUGCAUGGUGAAAAUCAACUUCAUGCAUGGCCAAUAUCAGGUGCUUUGGUGAACGUCGAAUGCCACACCAGUACGAAGCGGAGCAAGAAAAGUUCUGCACAAGCUAUCACAGAUGAAUAUGGAGAUUUCCUAAUUGAUCUACCUUCCCACCUCCAUGGAAUUCCCCACUUGGAAAGAAUAUGUUCAGUUAAGGUUCUAAGAUUACCACAGAACUCGGUAUGCAGACCAGCUCAUGCCAGGAAACAGAAGGCACUGAAAUUAUCAUCAGUCGGGAAUGGCAUCCGUAAUUACAGUGCCGGGGAGAUAAAAUUCCUUCAAGUAACAUCUAAGCCUUUACAAGCAUGCAACGAGAGAGGAAGCAGCGAUAAGCAGAUUGCAUGGUAGGUGGCCAGCUUAUAAGAAGAUUGGGAUACAAGAACAGGACCUCAUUUCGAUGGCGCUACAGUCACAGCAUUGAGUAUCAUGGUUCAAUACCUUUCUUUCUACCAGGUGUAAAAUACACAUGAGUGGCAACUACAUGUAAAUAGCAUGUAGAUAAAUAAUGAUAUCUUGUACUGUAAAAAAGCUUGGAGUGAUUAUAAUCAUACAAACAAAAUUGUCCAUCAGAAA